AGGAGACACCAAACCAUGAUCAUGAUCAUUGACACUAAUAAAAAGCUUAUUGUGUUCUGUAGCAGCAGUGACAGAGUGUCUCAGACCGAGACUGAGACUGAGAAGGUUUGUGUUCUGCAUAGCCAUGACAACCUUUGUCCGCAGCAGCACCCUCUCUCGCAGCCGCAGAUACAGAUAUGGAGCUGUUGGAGCUGAACCCACCAUUGGUAGGGACCACAUUCUCAAGUCCAUCAGCUACAGACGCAGAAGAGCCAAGCAGAGGAAAGUCUUCCUAUCAACCUAUCAGCUAGAUUCUUUCUCGGAGCCCAAAUCGCCUAAGCUCAAAAGGGUUGCUUUCAACCUCAAGAGAUUCGUAGCCUCUGUCUUGAAGCUUGUUCAAACCACCGCAGGUUCUUUCAGAUCCAAGUCCUCUCUCUCCACCGACUUGUGAAGAUUUUAACCCUUCUUUCCUGUGCUUAGAAUGACUCAACUUUCAUGAUUAUCCUUUCUCUUCCCUUUCAAUUACUUUUUUUUUUUCACAGCUGUGUAUGGUUGAUAAUGGAAAAAAAUGUACCAUCUGGUUC